GAGCUGCGAGCGCUUGCAGCCGCGAACCCCUCCCGGAGACUGCAGUACGUUACCACUCUGGAGGACAUGCCACUUCCGGACAACCAUGUCCUCUACAUGGUGGAGGGAGGCUCCACGACCUCCUGGACGUGCUCGAGCUUUUGUACAGCCAUCGAGGGUGCCCAUGCAGGGGCGAAUUACACUAUCCUGGAGAUCAAAAUCCCGGGAGGCACUUUCCAAUUUGUCAACCAGAUCCACAGAGAUGCGAGAUUAAAGAUCGUGGACAAUACCCUCACCGAGCCUCAAGCCAGAGAUGGCCAGUGCCGGGUGGGCGAACCUUUGGUAGCCGAAGGCUCCGAAGUGUCAGGCACCUGGGGCGAGCCCCUGGGGUCCUCAACAUCAGUUCUCAGCACAGAUACCCUCCGAGCUGAUGACACCCUCGUUUUCAGGAUGGGUGGCAAUUACCGGCUUUGCUACUCGGCCAACGGUACUUUUGGCCUACUACAGGCGGACAUUACGCGGCAGCGAAUAGAGGUGAAUGGCGUCUUCGAUCGCUCGGAUAGUUGCACGACAGACGACUGUUUGACGCAUCGCAUUUACCAGUGCUAUAUGCGAAGGGAGGAAUUCAACACAGCAGAUGGCAGGUACGGCCUUCAGAGUUCCUGCAUCGUCGACUACUCCUACCCAGGCGCCGGCUUCUACGGACCCAUUGGCCGAGGUACCUGGUCCGCCGAGUUUGAUGCGACUUUCGACGAGCAGACAGGGAUGCUAGCAUCCAUGCAGGCCCAGCCAUGCGCUUUCACGGAACCAGCCAGCUUCAUCUGUCGCGACGGUGGCGCCUGUCAGGCUGGUGAUCCGUACAUCGAGCCGGAUGCCACUGUUGGCUCGAGGCGGAUAAACAUUCCAACAACACGAAACGACUUGUUUGGCAACGCCUUCGGUAGCACCACGACGUACCAUGCGCGGACGGUGGCUGCUUGCUACUGCCCCGACCGGGACGGGUGCACCAACACGGUGGACUUUAUCCAGCAGAUUGGCAUUCUGCACUUCUACCUGAGCAAGGUCUGCCAUGCUGGCAGCAGCACAUGCGCAGAGGACUUUACCGGAGUCACCGGCCAGUACCGAUUUCGAAUUCGUGUGGAGUGCCCCACCAACGCAUGCAUGAACAACGACGAGAAUCGAGUGAAGCUAGUGGAGAAGAGCCUGGCCAACGACUUGCCCAGCUGGGAUGCUGGCAAUGGCUGCCGAACCGGCCUGCAUGGAAUUCUGGGAGGUCUCGAGGUCCUUCCGACGACGCUGUACGUCCCGAUCGACGGAUCCCCGCAGGGAAACCUCAACGAAAUGAAUUGCGAUCCCGGUUCGCCAAUUGGGUGCCGAUUGUCGGGAGGAGUGCGUCAAGAUCACAAGACGUUUGGUGGCACCUACGGAUUUCGGUUCGUCAUGGGCACCACCAACCAUGAGGCCCGAGGUUUCCACACCUCCAAAGAAGUGGAUGUAUGCUACUGCAACGGCGACUGCAAUGUGGAUUCCAGCUGGUUCAAGGUCGGCAGCAUGCGACUGAGCUCCACACGUCUCGUGAGCGCAGCGACAUCCAGGUCCGACCUCCCGGCGCAGUGGUCUGUGGAGUUUGUGAACCAACCUGGCAUCAUAGGGCUUUACAGACCCUACGCUGAUGGCGGUGUGCUGGGACUACAGGAAAACAGCUUGCUGAAGCUGGUGACAGACAAGGACAAACAACUCAAUGAUGACGGCUGCGCCCUGUCCGGCUACAACAGCCAGUUUUCACAGGGACUGUCCAGUGAGGUUGCGGCCUCUACGAAUUAUUUGGGUGAACUGCAGACACAGACACCGCCUGAUUUGCAAAAAGUGGUCUUCAACUCCAACUCCUUCGUGAACACGAUCACGGUGACGGAGGCUGGAACAUUGGCCGUCUGCUACUGUGCGGUGACAGUGGACAGCAUAUGCUUGGACUCCUCGAACUGGAAGCUGAUAGCGCAUCUGACGGUCAAGGGGCCGCAGAUCAACCAGCGCUGGACCUUCUCCACGAACGUGGUCUUCCGUUUCAGCUACGAGGGCUUCGGGCUGACCUCAGGUGACACCAUUCGCAUUAUCAGCUCCGAUGGUCGCUGCACAGACGACAACUUCAACCCAAACACUGCGGCCUUUGCCUACACUGCGCUGAAAGUGAAAUGCCCGGUUCCCUGCACCGACGUGACCUUGACGGGUGGCGCCGAGCCGGGCGACCUGAGUACCAAGGUCCUCUCCGCCGACUCUUACAACUGCGAUGUCAGCAACGAGAACUGUGAGACGAAUGACAUCACGACCAUCACGGUCCUCAGCGACACAGAGACAGAGUUGGUCUUCCAGAAGCCCCAUGGCAUGAUGACGGGAGACGAGAUCACUUUGGGCGCCAACAUCUUCUGCUCGCCAGGAGACCCCGUGUGCACAGAGGAGAUGCUUACAGCUUUGAAGGGUGCCUUCGACUUUGCAGAUGCUGCGGGGAACAGCGGCACAGCCCCAGACACCUACAUCGCUGCGCAGAAAUUCAUUGCCUCGGAGAACCCGUUGAUCGGCCGAAUUCGCAUCGGCUGGCCGAGCAUCGCCCGGCCUCAGUUCACGGUCGUCUACGCAGGGGCCCGGCCUGAAAUCGGCUACAUUGGAAGGGGCGGCCUUUGGACGCACCACAGCCGCGCCCAAACUCGCGAGGAAGUCAUGGCCACGGCAGAGAGAGCCAACCUCCGCGUGUGCUGGCGCUUUGGUGGCAACGGCGCGAAGUACGUGGAGGAGAUUGGCAAGAUGACCAUUCGCAACCCGGCGACGAUGCUCGGAGCGACGAUCAGCAUGAGCAGUCCAGCUCGAGAGACGCCAGCGCCCAUGAUCCUCACCUUCACCACUGCGGGGGGAGUGACAGGCAUGCGUUACGAGGAAGCACAGGACACUUCUGCAGUUGCUAUUUGCCACGCAGCCACUCCUCCUCUGUCCUGUCAAAGCAUGAUCGCACAGAGUCGUCUCUGA